AUACGUAAUAUCCUAAUGCCACCAUCGUUAAGAUAUGCCAUGUUACGUUGUUUACGCAGUUAUCUUCAUAAUGGCGACCGUGCUGGAGAUGUGCUUAUGCUUAUGAAAAUGAAGCGAAGAAGAAGUUAUUUCUCAUAAGAAAACGCCGGGGUUCCUCAAAGGAGGACUUUGCGUCGAAGACAGCGUCUUUCCCAGUGUUUGAAUUACAGUUUUGGUCCAUUGGUACCCGAAAUGAUGAAGCUCAAGUCAAACCAAACCCGGACAUACGAUGGGGAUGGCUACAAGAAGCGGGCCGCCUGUCUAUGCUUCAGGAGUGAAAGUGAAGAGGAGGUGCUGUUGGUGAGUAGUAGUCGUCAUCCAGACAAGUGGAUUGUCCCUGGUGGGGGGAUGGAGCCAGAAGAGGAGCCCAAUGUAGCAGCAGCACGAGAAGUCUGUGAAGAGGCAGGUGUGAAGGGGACUUUAGGUCGCCUAGUUGGAAUAUUUGAGAACCGAGAGAGGAAACACAGAACCUACGUCUACAUUCUUAUCGUAACUGAGGUCCUGGAGGAUUGGGAGGACUCAGUGAACAUUGGGAGAAAAAGGGAUUGGUUUAAAAUAGACGAUGCAAUACAAGUGUUGCAGUGUCACAAGCCUGUGCAGGCCACAUACUUCGAGCCUCUCAAGGAUGGUUGCCUGACCAGCAACGGGACGCCCCUGGUGGCCACGAUAGGCGGAGACCUCUCCCCCACCUACAACAUCAGCCAGAGCUCCGUGUCGGGUAUCAGAUAACUAAAACACAACCCCAGGAGCUCUUGCCACCACUCUCCCUCUUACUUUUUUUUUUUUUUGUCUCAACAUAACAUGGUUUGCCUUGCCAACUCAUUUGUGCCAGAAUUGUGGUGCAGACUUGACAAGGGUUGAGUGAAGAUUCUGAAACAAUUUGGAAAUGUAAUUUUUGACCCCUUGUUCGUUUCGCUUUAAUGAAAAUUUCAUGAAGCAUCCCUCACUCCCUCAUUCUCCUACCUUGACCACACCCUUAGUGUGGUGUUUAUUGAAUGCAGGAACUACUUUUUACUGUUGUGAUGUAAAAGUGUAUACUUAGUGCUUAAGCACAAUGCUUUCAGUGGUCUUUUUAAUGUCUCCUCUUUUGGUUAUUGUCUGUGUAUGAUUGUGCCCAAGAGCGUGUUUUCCCUCUGUUAAGGAUAGGAAAUGUUCUGUGCAUCUGAAUAGACAGUUGUAGGAAGUGACUUGUUUUACAUGAGCGCUGGCUAUGUUUUGCACAUUGGGGUCACCUGAUACAGAUUGUGCAGCAGGUAGUCUUUGGUGGUAACUAAGUUCUUUUGAAUUCUCAUUUAGCUCCGCAUUGUGGUUCUUGGUAUUAAUAUCUUGCAGGUUUCAUCAGAAAGACGAGGCCCUUUUCCCCAUUUGACCCGAUUCGUCAAGUAGCCUAUACAUUUUCCCUUAGUCUGGAAGCUAGCUAGCCAUUUCAAUAUUCACUUUUAGGCAGAAAAAAAUAUAUAGAAAGAAUGUCUACUCAACUAAAUAUGUAGCACAGUCCCCAUUUUGGUGAGUUAGCAUUGAGAGUUUACCCUGGUGUUUUACCCAAUAGACAGAGACCCUUUCUUUCUCCACGGUGUCUUUACCUACUUAACGGUCUACUAGUCUGUUAGUAGUGGUUCACUACAGACACCGAAACAGUAAGCAGACCCCCCCACCGACCAAAAUGUAAUAGUUUAUCAUUUAUAAUGGCAUGGUGUGAACAACUGCAGUCUUCCUCCAUUUAUUUUGUGCCAUCCAUGGACUGACAAUUGCCUUCACCCAACACACACCACCUUUUUAUCCAAUUUUCAGAUUCUCACCCCUUACUUUAACCUCUGUUUUAUAUCAGAUGUUUACAUUGCAUUCAUAACAUUUUAUUUUUCACUUAAACAAGCACUAGAAGCCAUAUAUUUGAAUAACGUAGAUUUUCUUUGGGGGGGGGGGGUCAGUAAAAAAUGUUUUACCCUUUUUAGUAUUGAAUCUGCAUCCCCAAAACAAACACCUGCUUGAUAUUGAAAGUAAUUGAAUCUAAAAUGCUGUCUUUGGCUAGAUGCAGAACAAACAAACAAGCCUUGUACAGUUUGAGACCUUGUUUUUAACAUGUAAAAAUGCUUUGAAUUACUAUUAUUUUUUUCUGAAACGUCUAGCAAAUCUCUAGCCAACCUGCUAUACUUGCCUUAGAUGUGGCAUGGAGCAGCUGGCUCAAUACUGUGAAACUGGAGGCCCUGUAGAUAGCAUGUAAGACGUUUUUAUUGUAAAUUGUUUAUUUCUGUAUAGAUCAAAGGUGAGUACAAAUGACAAAACAGUUCCUGUGAUGCAUUUGUGAGGGCUAUAUUUUGCUCAGCCAUGGCUGUAGUUGACUCGAUCCCUAAACAAAGGGUGGCGUUGGCUUUGUAAGGUUUGUUGACGAGUUGCUUUGAUACACAGUACAUGUUAAGGCUGAAGAACAAGUAAAUGUUGCUAGCUUUGUCUUGGGAGAGUGAAGACCCCAUUUAUCAUGAAUGAUAUAAGCAGCAGAGAUGCCUCAGAUGUUCUACAAAGACCAGAGGCUGAGGUGUAGUAAUAAAGUGAAGUCCAUCAUAGUUGAAUUGUUAACAUACAAAAUUGAGGGUUUCCACUGGGCUGAAUGCUGUUUCCAGACCACUACCAUAGAGCUUUUGUCAUUAUCCUAGUCUUCUGACAGAACCAACUCUUAUAUGUUUUAUCUCUUCUGCCCUGUCAUUGUUGCAGUAGCUCAUCAUUCGCCCUCCAAAAUGAACAUUAUAUACACUCAGUGGUCAGUUUAUUAGGUACACCACUCCAUUCCCGAAAAUAGUUUGCUCCUCCAGUGUCACGUGGCUUGCUAUUGUUAUAAAAAAGGAGGCAUCCAGUUACCGGAUGGGCACAGAUGGGCUAAUGCGGCAGACGACCACACCGGGUUCCACUCCUAUCAGCUAAAAACAAGCAUCUCCAGUGUGCACGCAAUCACCAACAUCACCUGGUCAAAUGAAUCCCGGUUCCUGUUGAGUCAUGCUAAUGGCAGUCAGGAUUUUACAUAAGCAGCAUGGGGCAAUGGUGUAGGGGAUGUUUUCCUGGCACACGUGAGGUCCCUUGGUACCAAUUGAGCAAUGUUUCCAUGCACUGAAGAAUUCAGGUUCUGGAGGCAAUGGGGGUCCGACCCGGUACUAGAUGGGUGCACCUAAUAUCUGGAUAACUGGUAUUUGUUAUCCCCAAUCCCAGACUCUAGGUCUAUUCUAUAAUGUAAGGGUUGAACUAAAUUGGUGAGUGGAUUACUGAUAUCAAUAGAAAUUUUACUUUGAACCAUUUAUUGCUUUUUUAUAAACUAGGUGGUUCAAGCCCUGAAUGCCGAUUAGCUGACAGCUGUGUUAUACCAGAUUUUAUUCCACAGGUACAACAAAACAUUUUUAACUGCUCUAAUUACAUUGGUGACCAGUUUAUAAUUGCAAUAAGGUAACUCGCGGUUUGUGAUAUAUGGCCAAUAUACUAUGGCUAAGGGCUGUGUCCAGUCACUCCGCGUUGCAUCGUGCGUUUAAGAACAGCCCUUAGCCGUGGUAUAUUGGCCAUAUACCACACCCCUCUGGCCUUAUUGCUUCAUUAAAUGAGCUACAUCGAAAGGUGUGGGGGGCUAAGUCUUGGAACUGUCUAGUGGAAACCAAUUUUUCCAAUACCACCUUAGCCCCACAGAGCAGAAUAGAUUCAGGCCUUUUAUUGAAUUUUCUGGUCAGCCUCCCUUAAAGUCAAUUUUCUUUAUAUGAUAACGAGCUAUCAAUCAAAUUAGAGAUGGAAUUGGAAAAUCUCUGAUAAAGUGAAGGGGUUCUAUUCAAAAUGGGCACAAGCGAGGGCAAUGAAUGUGGAUAUCCAUAUGUAACAGCCGAUGAAUGACCACUUGUUCUUUAACCUGUUUGUACUUUCGUCAAUUUUCUUGUGUUCCUGACAAGAUAUCUUGUACAUACUAGCUAAAGCAGCACUUAUAGCUAGAUACACUUACUGACUAAAGCAUAAGGUUUAUUUUUCCCCUUUCCUUCCAUCUCAUACAUAGUUCUGUUAAUAUGAAAGUUGGGUUUAAUAUUUCUCAUUAGGAAAGGGGUAAGUACUGUAUAAAUAUACCCUGCUUGAGUCCUUUAAGAAAUGCAUUUCUCUCUUCCUUAGGAUGAUUUCACACAGCACGCAGUGAAAGCCGGAAGGAGUGGAUGUAGGAAUUUUAAAAGGCUCAAAUGCAGCCUCUGCUCAGAUAGGCCUCCUUGGUCCUUCACCGGAGUGAUGUAAAAACCUGCCUAUAUCACACCACCUAGUGGUCAGGCAGUAUUCUGCAACGCAUGUGAAACAGUUUUGCCUCAGUCAGGGAAUGUCCACUUGAGGAUUCUUGCAUUCUCGGCAGUAUUUGGAUAGUGACUACUCUUAACAGCUUGAUUAUUUUUCUAUUGGACCAUCCUGUAGGAGGGGUAAUACGCCCUUGCUAUAUACAAAUUGAUAAAGCAAAAUCACAAUCAGAUGGGAUUCAGUGAAGAAAGCUAUUUGGGCUACCUAAAAUGUAAGAGUGCAUUUCCCUAAUUGAAAGCCCUUGACCUUCCCUACAUAUUUGUAGUAAUUGUUUUCUCCAAAGUGUACGUCACUGGAAUAUUUACUAUUGUCAUUUGGGACUGUGAAAAACCAGUGAGAAGACUGAAGAUUGUAAUAUAAAUGUGCCAACAAAUAAACACCAGUAUUUCAGA